AUGGCGGACGAAAACCCACUUGUUCCGGGUGACGAUCAAGGUGAUGGCCAGGCCGGGGGGCAAGCUCCGGUGCCAAUUGCGAUGCAAUCGGCGUUCACAGUCGAGCCUUUCGAUCGUCACAAAAUGAAAUGGUCUCGCUGGGUGGAACGCUUGGAGGGAGCAUUUCUUUUGUUCGGCAUCCAAGAUGGCGCGAAGCGGCCGAUGCUGCUGCAUUACAUGGGUGCGGAAACGUACGACGCCAUUUCGGACAAGCUUGCACCGGUGAAGCCGCAGACGAAGACCUACCAGGAGAUCGUGGACCUGCUGGAGGAACACUUCAACCCGGAGCCCCUUGAAAUCCUCGAGAAUUUUCGCUUCAAGUCUCGGAAGCAGUGCGACGAACGUGCUGAGGAAUCAGUUUCUGAUUACCUCACGGCGUUGCGGAAGUUGGCCAUAACCUGCAACUUUGGCAACUACCUGGACAUAGCGCUACGGAACCAGUUCGUUUUUGGGAUCAAGGACCGGGGAAUUCAGUCGCGGCUGCUGGAAGUGCGCGGCCUGACUCUGGCCCGAGCUCGUGAUAUUGCCGUGUCAAUGGAGGCGUCGGCAAAGGGUGGACAGGAGAUCCACGCGCGUCAGAGUCGGCCGGAGAUGAAUCUGGUGGAGCACCCGCCGACGAAACCGGCGAAGGGAAAGGCGUACAAGAAGAGUGCGGGCAAGAAGAGUGAGGAGAAGAAAACCUGCUACCGCUGCGGAAAUACGGAGCAUUUCGCGAACGAGUGCAAGCACGCCCACACUGUCUGCAACUUCUGCAAGGUCAAGGGUCACCUGCAGAGUGUGUGCCAGAAGAAAAGUGCUGGCCAGAAGGGCCGAAGAAGUGAUGCUCACCAGGUGGAGGAGAGUGCGGGCGCAGAUAGAAAGUGCAGAGAAAAAGUGCAAGUGGAGGAGAUCUGUGGAGUGUCCGACGCUGCCGAUUUCAACAACAAAGUGGACAAAUUCUGGCUGGAACUGUCUGUGAACAGUGCGAAAGUGAAGUUUGAAAUCGACAGCGGCUCUCCGGUUACGGUUAUGAGUGUGUGGGACCAAGAAAAGUACUUUCCCACGGUGGAAUUGAGUUCCCCGGACACGGGCCUCGUGAGCUACAGCGGAAACGCAAUCGAACUGUGCGGGAUGUGUGCCGUCCGGGUGGACUACGGUGGCGAAAGCCACGAACUGCUGCUGUAUGUUGCGAAAAACGAAAAGCACCCUCUGCUGGGUCGAAGUUGGAUGAAAGUGCUAAAAAUCGACGUGGUCGAGUUCUACGAGAACGUCCACACAGUGGUCGAAAACAGCGCCGCCGCGGUGCAGACGCUCAUUGAGCGCUACGGAAGUGUCUGUGAGAAGUCGAUGGGGAAGAUCGAAGGCCUCACAGCGAAGUUGCAGCUGAAACCGGAUGCGCGUCCGGUGUACCUGCGUGCGCGGCCGGUCCCUUUUUCGAUCAAGGAGGCGGUCGAAAAGGAGAUCAAGGGCCUGGUGGAAAGCGGUGUGCUGGUGAAGGUGAACCACAGUGCGUGGGCCACGCCGGUUGUCCCAGUGAUGAAGUUGAACAACCGAGUGCGACUUUGCGGGGACUACAAGAUCACUGUCAACCCGAAUCUGGUGGUCGAUGACCAUCCCCUGCCAACAGUGGAAGAGCUGUUCGCAAACGUGGCCGGCGGGGACAAGUUCACGAAAAUCGAUCUCUCGCAAGCCUACUUGCAGCUGGAGGUCGACCCGGAGGAUCAGGAGAUUCUCACGCUGAGCACGCAUCUGGGACUGUUCAGGCCGACGAGGCUGAUGUACGGCGUCAGCCCGGCGCCGGCGAUCUGGCAACGCUUGAUGGAGGAGGUGCUGAACGGGAUUCCAGGUGUGACCGUCUUCCUAGACGACAUCCGCAUUACGGGACCGAGCGAUCGGGUCCACCUUGAGCGCCUCGAGGAGGUGCUGAGACGGCUGAGCCAGUACAACAUGCGGAUCAACCUGGAUAAGUGCCAGUUUUUCGCCGACCGAAUCGAGUACUGUGGUUAUUUGAUUGACCGCGACGGAAUCCACAAGGUGCGGAAGAAGAUCGAUGCAGUGCAAGACAUGCCCGUGCCGGAGAACAAGGAUCAAGUCCGUUCGUUCGUUGGAUUGGUCAAUUAUUACGGUCGGUUCUUCCCACACCUGAGCACGACCAUCUACCCGUUGAACUGUCUGCUGCGGAACGACGUGCCGUUCCGGUGGACGAAGGAGUGCGACGAAGCGUUCAAGAAAGUGAAGGACGAGAUGCAGUCAGACCGCUUCUUGGUACACUACAGUACGGAAUUGCCACUGGUCCUGGCAACAGACGCUUCGCCGUACGGGGUUGGUGCAGUACUAAGCCACAUCAUGCCAGACGGUACAGAACGCCCAAUCAUGUACGCGUCGAAGACGCUGAACGAGACGCAGCGCAGAUACAAGCAGAUCGAUCGUGAGGCGUACGCGAUCAUCUUCGGAACGCAAAAGUUCUACCAGUACCUGUACGGACGAAAGUUCUGGCUUGUCACGGACAACGAGCCAGUGAAGCAGAUUUUCUCGGAGACCAAGGGUCUACCGGCGAUGUCAGCGUUACGGAUGCAGCACUACGCGGCGUACCUUGCUUCGUUCCGAUACGAGAUCAAGUUCCGUCCGACGAGGGAGCACUACAACGCUGACGCCUUUUCUCGAUUGCCGGUCAGCGCACAAACACCCGAGUACGUCGUCGAGGAAGUUGACUUGCUGGAGGUCAACAUGAUCGAGACGCUGCCGCUGACGGUCGGAGAUUUGGCGAAGUCGACUGCUGCUGAUCCGACAGUGAAGGUGCUGCUGCAAGGUCUCAAGAACGGGAAAACAGUCGAAGCACGUGAGCGUUUUGGUAUCGACCAGAACGAGUUUGCGCUACAACAAGGGUGCAUCAUGCGCGGAAUCCGGGUGUACGUCCCAACAGAGCUGCGGCAGAACGUGCUCGCGGAGCUGCACUCUACACACUUUGGGGGCACACGCUUGAAGUCGCUCGCCAGAGGAUACGUGUGGUGGGAGCGGAUCGACAAGGACAUCGAGGAGCUGAUCCGGAACUGCGCGGCCUGUCAGGUGACACGGGCCGAUCCUGCGAAAGUGCCUCUACACUGCUGGGAAACGCCGAAGGGACCAUUCGACAGAGUGCACGUGGAUUUCGCUGGACCAUUUAUGGGUACGUACUUCAUCGUAUUUGUUGACGCGUACUCCAAGUGGCCAGAAGUGAAGAUCUUGCGAGACAUCACUACGAGUACGACCAUCCACGCCUGUCGUGAAUUCUUUGCUGCCUACGGGAUACCUGCCGUGCUCGUGAGCGACCACGGAGUGCAAUUCACGUCGGCCGAGUUUCAGCACUUCCUGAAACAGAAUGGAAUCUUCCACAAGAUGGGCGCACCGUACCAUCCGGCAACCAACGGUGAGGCAGAGAUUCAUCCAAACGUUCAAGGUUAUCGCAAGACCAUACACCCUUCCACUGGAAAAUCGCCUUCGAUGAUGCUGUUCAACCGACAGAUCCGGUCUCGACUUGACCUGAUGGUCCCGAAUGCUGCAGUGGUGGAAGAAAAGCCCGAAGUAGCCGUUCGAUCGCUUCCCGAGGGGGCGAGAGUUGCUGCUCGUGACUUUCUGAGCAAGGACAAGUGGAAGUACGGUCACGUUGCUGAAAAGCUGGGCAAACUCCACUACAACAUCAAGCUGGACGACGGACGACUCUGGAAGCGCCACAUCGACCAGCUGCGAGAAGUCGGAGCGAACCUGCCGUCUGGACGUCCUGAGAUACCAGCUGAGUGUUUCGAGCCAGACAUCGUGCCAGUUGCUCCACGAACCAAUCCAGUACAACACACGCCACAAGCUGCUGCCGCUGUACCUACACCGGCGGCCAACCCGAUUGCUGAACCGCAAUCAGCGCGGAGUGCUGCGGCUACUCCCAAACCGCCGGAACCACCUGCGGUACCGAAGCCGAAAUCGCAAGGACCACUUGCGGUGCCGAAGCUGAAACCGACGAGCGCUGCUGGUAGAUCCGAGGCAAACAACCAGCAAUCACCGCGACGAUCGACAAGAGUCAUCAAGCCGCCUCGGAGACUGGACCUGUAG